AGCUGAUGAUGUUCCUGAUCCAGUUGGCCAUGUGCUCGAACUCGCUUGUUUCCUGCCCUUUAUCUACAGUAUCUGCCCGCUUUUGAGAGCAUCCGAUCAAACGUUCGUCCUGGCACGCUUCCUGUAUAGGAAAGCACGGUGAAAACUCUUGACGCGUCUUGGCGUCCCGCUCCGCUCUCCUUACCCAUCUAUCUGCUUCACCUAUCUAUCUUAUUCAAUCGGAUGGCUUGUAACGAGAGGACGAAGCUGAUAGAGCAUCGCGAUGAAGAACGACACGUCGGGCAACAUCCCCACUUGGAUCAAGAAGUUGCAGUCGCACUGCAGAAGUCAGAAGAUGGUAGACGGUUGUUGGAGUAUGACGACCUUCCGCACUCUUGGAAGAACAACCCGUUUGUCGUGCACGGUUAUCGAUACGUUCCGUUGUCCAGAUUCCCAGUUCUCGUAGCUUCCGUAUUUAUGGCUCAUAACGAGUUUCUCAACAUCCAAACCCACCUGUUGCCGCUCCUAUUCUGGGUUCUUACAGUGCCAGAAACGAUUGCCGAAACGAUCUUCACCGUCUGUGUUCUGAUCUGUUUGGCAAGCAGUGUGGUCUGGCAUACGAUGGCAGGAUGUGCGCACUAUGAGACUUUGGUAUUCUGUGCGCGACUGGACUACAUCGGCAUCGGAUGGCUCAUCUCCGCAUGCACCGCCAGCAUCGUCCUUUACGCAUUCGACGAUCGAAUCCUACUGCAAUGGGCUUUUCUUGGUCUGUCGUUUGUCACUGCGGUUAUGGGCAGCAUCCUUCCGUUCAUGGACUGGUUCGACCGCCAUCACAACCGGCUCUGGCGAUUGGCGUUUUUCAUUUCGUUGGCGUGCGUGACCGCCAUUCCAUUGCUUACCUAUUGGACUCUUGAGGGUUCGGCCAAGAUGCUCCAUUUCCUUUGUUCGUGUUGCUCUGCCAUUACAGGAGCAAACUUGCUGAUGCCGUGCCCCAGUGCCCGCCUUACCGACCGCCGGAUGGAUCAUCUUCGGUGCAUUGCUCUAUGCCGCCCACGUCCCCGAAAGAUUUAUCGACCCAUCCAAAGAUCUGGCGCGUUUCAUGUGUGCACUGGGUGCUACAUCUCAUGCUCUGUGGCAUGUGUGUAUAGUCGUUGGGUUGGCCCAUUGGCAAGGCGCAUUGCGUUUCUGGUCAAUUGGCUGUCAAUAGACAUCGAUUCGAAAUCAGGAUGCUCAUACUGUAUACAUAGUCAUACCCUCUGAGCUCUAAUAUCUAUAUAAUGAUGUAUUGAUUUAUUAUAGUCUAGUUUUUGGGCUUGUGCAGUACGAUACAUUCUGUGGCAAUUCUUCCUGCCGACUGCCAGCAAUCAUUCGCAGGUUAGUGACAGCAGUAGAAGUGGUCCAAACGAGAACUUGCCGUGGGACAUCGCGCAGCGGCGCAACAGCAGACUCCGAGUCACAAAUUACAGCUCAUGAUUAAUCAUUAGCGACAAGGUUCCUUGAGCUCCGCGUCCGGGUACAGGUGUUCAUCAUGUUUCAGCCUGGGUAUCCUCGCAGGCAUAGGAAAAUUCACUAGCCUCGUUGCAACAGUAAAUUUGGAUUGCGAACAGAGAGCUUUUCCGCUUGCAGUCUGAAAUGAUUUUCAAACUGGCAGACAGCACUUGGAAUUCAGUUAGCCGCCGGUGCUCGCACAU